AACACAACUCUGUGAUUCACCAUAAACAAAAAGAAUCUUGACCAUAAAAGCAAAACAUGAAAGGCACAUUUACUCACUUUCUUGUGCUUCUCUUCAUUGCACUUGUUUGUGCCAAUGUCGGUGCUAGGAAACUUAUGUCCGGUGAUACCCAAUUCAAGGAUGAUAAAUCUUUCCUCGGAGGCGGCGAUAGCGGUAGUGGCCUAGGGCUUGGCCUUGGUAGUGGAGCUGGUCUUGGUGGGCUUGGGAUUGGUGCCGGAGCUGGACUAGGGUUAGGUGGAGGUGGAGGGGGCGGUGGUGGGUUUGGUGGUGGUGGUGACGGACUCCUCGGUGGAGGCGGUUUCGGCGGGGGAGCCGGUGGCGGACUCGGUAGUGGUGGUGGCCUUCCUUGAACGUGUAAACUGUCAAGUGUGUGUGAGGAGCUCAUUAAUUUCUCAGCUUAUUAUACUAAUUAAGUCACUUUCAUUGUCUUAAUAAAUUUAGAGCUUACCUUCAAUCUUCGGAUUUCAACUUUUAUUUAAGCUUCAAUAUUUGAAUCAAAAACGUCUUAGCUACUAGCUAGCUAGCGGUAAUGCUAUAGUAAUCGUAUUUUGUGUAACGUACGCCAGUUGAUAAUUAUGAUUAAAUGGUGCAACUGUGCAACGUUUCUCUUA